CCGCAUCUCAUCAGGAUACGACUACCUGCCCCAUCAUUGGACAGUGAGUAAUUUCCUCUUGCCCCCUCAUUGGACAAUGAGUCACUUCCUCUUGUUCACUGAUUGGUCAGCAAAACAUCUAGAAAUCAGUCAUCACUCAUAGCGCUUCAAAAAGUAAUCUACUGUGGUUGAGGAUAACGUUAUGUCAAUGUUUAAUACUACAUAUCUAAUGGACGGGUGUGGUAUUGUGUUAAUGUUUAAUACUACAUAUCUAAUGGACGGGUGUGGUAUUGUGUUAAUGUUUAAUACUACAUAUCUAAUGGACGGGUGUGGUAUUGUGUUAAUGUUUAAUACUACAUAUCUAAUGGACAGGUGUGGUAUUGUGUUAAUGUUUAAUACUACAUAUCUAAUGGACGGGUGUGGUAUUGUGUUAAUGUUUAAUACUACAUAUCUAAUGGACAGGUGUGGUAUUGUGUUAAUGUUUAAUACUACAUAUCUAAUGGAUGGGUGUGGUAUUGUGUUAAUGUUUAAUACUACAUAUCUAAUGGACAGGUGUGGUAUUGUGUUAAUGUUUAAUACUACAUAUCUAAUGGACAGGUGUGGUAUUGUGUUAAUGUUUAAUACUACAUAUCUAAUGGACGGGUGUGGUAUUGUGUUAAUGUUUAAUACUACAUAUCUAAUGGACAGGUGUGGUAUUGUGUUAAUGUUUAAUACUACAUAUCUAAUGGACGGGUGUGGUAUUGUGUUAAUGUUUAAUACUACAUAUCUAAUGGAUGGGUGUGGUAUUGUGUUAAUGUUUAAUACUACAUAUCUAAUGGACGGGUGUGGUAUUGUGUUAAUGUUUAAUACUACAUAUCUAAUGGAUGGGUGUGGUAUUGUGUUAAUGUUUAAUACUACAUAUCUAAUGGACAGGUGUGGUAUUGUGUUAAUGUUUAAUACUACAUAUCUAAUGGAUGGGUGUGGUAUUGUGUUAAUGUUUAAUACUACAUAUCUAAUGGACGGGUGUGGUAUUGUGUUAAUGUUUAAUACUACAUAUCUAAUGGACAGGUGUGGUAUUGUGUUAAUGUUUAAUACUACAUAUCUAAUGGAUGGGUGUGGUAUUGUGUUAAUGUUUAAUACUACAUAUCUAAUGGACGGGUGUGGUAUUGUGUUAAUGUUUAAUACUACAUAUCUAAUGGACGGGUGUGGUAUUGUGUUAAUGUUUAAUACUACAUAUCUAAUGGACGGGUGUGGUAUUGUGUUAAUGUUUAAUACUACAUAUCUAAUGGACAGGUGUGGUAUUGUGUUAAUGUUUAAUACUACAUAUCUAAUGGACAGGUGUGGUAUUGUGUUAAUGUUUAAUACUACAUAUCUAAUGGACAGGUGUGGUAUUGUGUUAAUGUUUAAUACUACAUAUCUAAUGGACAGGUGUGGUAUUGUGUUAAUGUUUAAUACUACAUAUCUAAUGGAUGGGUGUGGUAUUGUGUUAAUGUUUAAUACUACAUAUCUAAUGGACAGGUGUGGUAUUGUGUUAAUGUUUAAUACUACAUAUCUAAUGGACAGGUGUGGUAUUGUGUUAAUGUUUAAUACUACAUAUCUAAUGGACAGGUGUGGUAUUGUGUUAAUGUUUAAUACUACAUAUCUAAUGGACAGGUUUGGUAUUGUGUUAAUGUUUAAUGAAAACUGUGUAGAGGAAGAUGAUAGGAAACAUCUUGGGAGGUGUAUUAGCCUGAUCCCACAUCUGUUUGUGCUGUCAUGUCAACUCCUUGUUUGGUAUGACAAGGGGAGUAACUCAAUUGCAUACUCUUUGGUCCUCUCCCCUCUCCUCAAAACCCAUUGGAUGAGAAAGCCAGAGGUCCCGCCCCUCUGAACUUCUCCUCCAAUAGGUUUUGAGAAAGAGGCUAGGAGAGAGGACGCAAGAAGAAUGCAAUUGAGAUUCUCCCAAGGAGUGUUAUGAUGGCACACAGAGACUGGUACACAGGCUAAUUUCAGCGAUAACACGGUUAACAACUCCAAUACAGCAUAAACAACCAGAGAGUAAUCAUAUUGUAGAGGUUGAGUUCAAGUCCAUCUUUAUUGCAGUUGCGCUGCCCAGAUUAACAGAUAUCACCCGGAGAAGUGUUUAAUAUCUCAAGAAAUAUGUUACUUUAACCUAAUGAAUGUUAUUGUAUGUGAAGCCCAGCUGCAGUAAAUACGACAACAAACAGUAACAACAGAGGUGCAACAUGCACUAACUGAAAACAAUAUCCCAUAAAACACAGGUGGAAAAAAUGCUACUUAAAUAUGAUCUCCAAUUAGAGACAACAAUAGCCAGCUGCCUCUAAUAGGGAAUCAUACCAAACACCAACAUAGAAAAACUAAACUAGAACCCCACAUAGAAAAUAAUAACUAGAAAACCCCCCAGUCACGCCCUGACCUACUAUACCAUAGAAAAACAAAGGCUCUCUUUGGUCAGGGCGUGACAAUCUGCAGUGAUUGAAUUCCGUCCCUACUCUCCUCGCAGCCUGAUUGGACAGUAAGUAAUGUGAUUCCUCUUCACUUCCUGCUCUAACAUGAAGUCAUCAAGUGGAUCUUACUUAUUACAUUCUACACAGAGAUGUUUGAAUGUGGAGCAUUGUAAAGUAGAAUCUUUAUUAUCCCCAGGGGACAAUUCAUUAAGCAAAGCAUGAUGGACACAUUACAAUAAAUAUACACAAAACAAUAUACACUGCUAUACAGUGAGUGGACAAAUGAUUAGGUACACCUGCCUUGUUAAAUCCACUUCAAUAUGUGUAGAGGAAGGGGAGGAGACAGGUUAAAGAGAGAUGUUCAAGCCAUGAGACAGUUGAGACAUGGAUUGUGUAUGUGUGCCAUUCAGAGGGUGAAUGGGAAAGAGAAAAUAUUUAAGUGCCUUUAAACGGGGUAUGGUAGUAGGUGCCUGGCGCACCGGUUUGUGUCAAGAACUGCAACGCUGCUGGGUUUUUUACGCUCAACAGUUUCUCGUGUGUAUCAAGAAUGGUCCACCACCCAAAGGACAUCCAGCCAACUUGAAAACUAUGGGAAGUAUUGGAGUCAACAUGGGCCAGCAUACUAGUGGAACGCUUUCAACACCUUGUAGAGUCCAUGCCCAUAUUAAUUGAGGCUGUUCAACUCGUUAUUAGGAAGGUGUUCUUAAUGUUUUGUUCACUCAGUAAGUAGACCUCUAAACCAGGCCUGUGUAUGGGUGUAUGGUAAUAUGGUAGACACAUCUUCCAUCCACUGUUCAUUGGCUGUUGUAAUUGAAUGACAGAGAUGUUCUCAAAUCAGAGGCUUUGAGUGUGAAUGUAUCCAUUUCAGCAAAGUGUAAACUUAGAGUAGGGAUGUGACGCAAGCCGGUGUAAUCUUUUGUGCAAUUCUAAAUAAACCCCCACCCCCCUAUCGCCUACUCACCUAAAUAGAUCUGAAAGGAUUGGACAACGAAGGUUCCACCUAGCCAACCAGACGGCAAGGCGAUGUUAUCAUGCUUAUAUUAGUGGCGGCUGGUGAGAGGAGCUGGAGGAGGACUGUCUCAUUGUAAUGGCUGCAAUGGAAUAAAUGGGACAGAGUCAAACAUAACAAGCGGUUUCCAUACGUUUAACGUGUUUCACUCCGUUCCAUUGAGUGCAUUCCAGCCAUUACAAUGAGACAGUCCUCCUAUAGCUCAUCCCACCAGCCUCCUCUGGCGUAUACGCUAUACCUAUGAGUUCCUUUCAAAUAUUCAGUACGUUUGGUAUUUAUUAGGAUCCCCAUUAGCCGCUGCAAAAGCAUCACCUACUCUUCUUGGGGUCCACAUAAAACAUGACAAAAUACAAAGUACAGAACAUUAUUAGUCAAGGACUGAAAUACGUACAUUUAAAACAUCCCACCUAACCUACAUAUCAGUAUAUACACACAUCAGAUGAUAAAAAUAAUAAUAUCUGGAAUAGAAUGUGUGCCGUCUGAGGGUUACACAAGCUUGGUAUUCAUCCAAAUCCAUGGGUAUACACAAUCUGGUUCUUGUAUGUCCAUGCCAGCAGCUUUGCUUGUCUCAUGCCUCCUGUGCACUCACUGGGACAGGCAUUUGAGUGCUGCUUCCCUCUCUCUAACUGUGUGUGCCUGGGGUGUGUGAGUGACGUGUGUGUAUGUCCAUGUAUGCAUGUGUGUGUCCGUGUGUGUGUCUCUGUGUCUCUGCCCAUCACUUUCACUCUUUCUAUCGUUUCACUAACGCUGGAUGACGGUAUAACUAAAAUGGAAAGGUGAAAUGUAGAUGGAUGUCAGACAGUAAUUGUUGGGGUUUUGGCUGAUGAAAGGAGGAGGAAGCUUACGCCUUUGAUUCCUACUGUAGAUGUAAGUUUCACUUGAUCUUCAUUCAUGACAGUCGGGAACAUGUUUAUUUGGAGCAAGGAACACAUUCAAUCAAACCUGCCCUGCGGAAAGUAGGACAUGGCCUCUGUACUGCCAUAUCCUGUAUUUUCACUAACAGUAAAGUUGUGUUGAAUGUAGUUGAUUUUUCAUUUAAUGGAAUUAUACUCUUUCAUUUCACCACCCAAAAUGGUCUAAAUAAUCAAAUAAUAUAUUGUGUUUAAUACUGAAGUGAUUACUCUUUCCAGAAAGCUAUUUGAUUGAAUUCCAGCGCGAAUCUCCCUACAGAUGACCAUUCAGCAAGUAUUCCAUUCCGUCGUUCUGGAGUCAGUGUAUCAGAAUGAACAUAGUCCAGUUGAUCUUCAUAGACAACCCAAGUCCCAGACAACUCCACUCGUCUUGCCCUGUGGCUGAGCAAAACUAACCGUACUACAUCUAAUGACCUGAAUGUGUUCUUCAGCGAGCUCUGCUGCAUCCUUAAAUUGAGCUAACGCAUCUCUGACCUUCAUAUGGGGUCCGACAGUCCCUGUGAAUUAGGGACGACCCAAACGCCGCCCACCAUUUAUGUGUCACACCGUAGCCCUGGGAAAUGGAGCAGCGCCUUCUCCAUGUCAUCAGGCGGAGACGCGGGGUGGUGGAUGCACUUUGCCCUCCUCGUCCGCCGUCCAUGUUGUAAGGGAUCUUAUGAAGUUGGUAAGUCGAUGUGAAUGUUGGGCUGAGACGUUUUAAUGUAAACAGGUCUCAUAUGCUAGGAUGGAUCCAGCGACACAUGUUGAAUACCUGUGGCUCAGUGUUGUGUUGAAGUAGAGACUCAAUAAAAGUGUUGAAGAAAUUAAUAGUCUGUUGGAACUGUUGGAUGUCUUCCAAAAUGUUAAAUGGUUGCCGUUAACGUGUAUUUGUUUGAAGGAUAUGCCAACUUUACUCUCUAUGUACUUCCAUUGACUGCAUUAAACUUCUUGCCAAAAAUAGAGGCAGAUGGAAAUCUGUGUGUAGCUAAACCUGUAUUUUUCCACCAUAGUAUUCUGUGAGCGCUACAUUUCUGGAUUACAGCGCUAAUGUAGAUCGUCCUCAAUUCUG